AUGUUCCUCACUCGCUCAGAAUAUGACCGCGGCGUGAACACUUUCUCCCCAGAGGGCCGUCUCUUUCAGGUUGAGUACGCCAUGGAAGCCAUCAAGCUCGGCUCUACGACGGUUGGAAUCACAACGCCCCACGGAACGGUGCUCGGCGUGGAGAAGCGUGUGCAGUCGCCGCUGCUUGAGAGCUCGUCCAUCGAGAAGAUUAUGGAGAUCGACCGUCACAUCGGCUGUGCCAUGUCCGGCCUCACGGCUGACGCCCGCACGAUGGUCGACCAUGCGCGCGUGACGAGCCAGAUGCACGCGUUCACGUACGACGAGCAGAUCGGUGUUGAGAGCUGCACACAGGCCGUGUGUGACCUUGCGCUCCGCUUCGGCGAGUCAGUCGACGACGACGAUGCCCUGAUGUCCCGGCCAUUCGGUGUCGCGCUGCUCAUUGCGGGUGUUGAUGCAAAGGGCCCACAACUGUAUCACACCGACCCCUCGGGGACGUUUGUGCGCUACGAGGCCAAGGCGAUCGGCUCGGGUUCGGAUGCCGCCCAGCAGAGCCUGCAGGACGCCUACCACAAGCAAAUGACGCUUGCCGAGGCGCACGUUCUCGCGCUCAAGGUGCUCAAGCAGGUUAUGGAGGAGAAGCUCGACGAGAGCAACGUCCAGCUCGCACAGGUGACGCUCGACCGCGGAUACGAGAUUCUGAGCGAGGCGCAGCUCAAGGAGGCGAUCGAGAACCUCCCCGCCGAGCGCCAGCAGUCAUAG